AUGGGGGACCCCGCAGCGGAGACCACCAUCAAGGUGGUGUGCCGGUUCAGGCCGCUCAACAGCUCGGAGGUGGCCCGUGGGGACCAGUACAUCCCCAAGUUUCAGGGGGAGGACUGUGUGCAGAUCGCGAGAAACAUGAAUGAGCACAGUUCCAGGAGUCACAGCAUCUUCCUCAUCAACAUCAAGCAGGAAAACUCUCAGACUGGACAGAAACUCACCGGCAAGCUGUACCUGGUUGAUCUGGCCGGGAGUGAGAAAGUGGGUAAAACGGGAGCAGAGGGCACAGUGCUGGAUGAAGCCAAGAUGAUCAACAAGUCCCUGUCUUCGCUGGGAAAUGUCAUUUCAGCUCUGGCAGAGGGCUCGAGCUACGUGCCGUACAGAGACAGUAAGAUGACCAGGAUCCUGCAGGACUCCCUGGGAGGGAACUGUCGCACCACCAUGGUCAUCUGCUGCUCACCCUCUGCUUUCAAUGACGCUGAGACCAGGUCCACACUGCUGUUUGGACAGAGGGCAAAGACCAUCAAGAACCAAGUGUCCCUGAACGUGGAGCUGACAGCAGAGCAGUGGAAGAAGAAGUGGGAGAAAGAGAAGGAGAAGAACAAGACGCUGAGAAGCACCGUCACCUGGCUGGAGGCCGAGCUCAACCGCUGGAGGAGCGGAGAGACUGUGCCAGUGGAGGAUCAGUUUGAUAAAGAAAAGGCCACAGCAGAGGUCCUGGCUCUGGACAGCACGCUCAACAAUGAUAAGACGGCGCCCACACCGACCCUCAGCGCCCUCCCCGGGGUCCAACUCACUGAGGCAGAGAAAGAGAAGUACGGAGCAGAAAUGGCCAAGCUUUACAAAGAGAUGGAUGACAAGGACGAUGAGAUCAACCAGCUGUCUCAGUCUAUAGAGGAGCUCAAGCAACAGAUGUUGGACCAGGAGGAGCUCCUAGCCUCCUCCAGCCGCGAUCACGACACCCUGCAGACAGAACUGAACCGGCUGCUGGCGGAGAACGAAGCCUCCAAGGAGGAGGUGAAGGAGGUGCUGCAGGCUCUGGAGGAACUGGCUGUCAACUACGACCAGAAGAGUCAGGAAGUUGAGGACAAAGCGCUAGAGUUUGAAGCGCUCAGUGAAGAGCUGGAAGAGAAAUCGAGCUCCUUGGCCUCCAUCGACUCUGAACUCCAGAAGCUGAAGGAGAUGACCAACCACCAGAAGAAGAGGGUCACUGAGAUGAUGUCAUCAUUACUCAAAGACCUGGCUGAGAUAGGCAUCGCCGUGGGAAGCAACGACAUUAAGCAACAAGAGAGCAGUGGUCUCAUCGAUGAAGAGUUUACUGUGGCCCGUCUCUACAUCAGUAAGAUGAAGUCAGAGGUGAAGACGAUGGUGAAGCGCAGCAAACAGCUGGAGAGCUCCCAGGCCGAGAGCACCCAGAAGAUGGAGCAGACAGAGAUUGAGCUGGUUGCCUGCCAGCUCCGCGUCUCCCAGCAUGAAGCUAAAAUCAAGUCCCUGACAGAAAGCCUUCAGAAUGUGGAGCACAAGAAGAGACAGCUGGAGGAAACUGUUGACUCUCUCAAUGAGGAAAUCGUCAGGAUCAAAGCCCAAGAAAAAGUCAACACCAUGGAGAAGGACAGUGAGAUCCAGUCUGCCAAUGAAGUCAAGGAAGCUGUGGAGAAGCAGAUCCAGUUUCACAGGGAGACCCAUCAGAAACAGAUCAGCAGCCUGAGAGACGAGCUGGACCAGAAGGAGAAACUCAUGACAGAGCUGCAGGAUCUGAACCAGAAGAUCAUGCUGGAGCAGGAGAGGCUGAGGGUGGAGCAUGAGAAGCUCAAGGCUGCUGACCAGGAGAAGAGCCGCCAGCUGCAGGAGCUCACGGUGAUGCAGGACAGACGGGAGCAGGCCAAACAGGAUCUGAAGGGACUGGAGGAGACUGUGGCCCGAGAGCUGCAGACACUCCACAACCUCAGGAGGCUUUUUGUCCAAGACUUGGCCACACGAGUCAAAAAGAACGGUCAGAUGGAUGACGCAGAAAACAGCGCUGCCCAGAAACAGAAGAUCUGCUUCCUGGAGAACAACCUCGAGCAGCUCACCAAAGUUCACAAGCAGCUGCUGCGGGACAACGCCGACCUCCGCGGUGAGCUGCCUAAAAUGGAGAAGCGCCUGCGGGCCACCGCUGAGCGGAUCAAGGCCCUGGAGACUGCACUAAAGGAGGCCCAGGAGAACGCAGCCCGCGAGCGAAAGCGCCACCAGGAGGAGAUGGAGCGCAUUAAGGACACUGUCAAGCCCAAAAACAUGGGCAGGAGAGCCUCGAUAGCCAAGCCCAUCAGACCAGGCCAGCUGCCAGGCCUUAUUGGCCUUAGCGUCAACAGGUCCAACCUCAUGAACAACAGCAAGCCUGACAGCAUCGACGAAGGAGGUGACAGCAGCUGUUGAGGAUGGAACACAGUCACCCACACAACAAGCCAAAGCCCCAGAGAAGUCUUCAGCCCCAAAUAUUGAACUUUUACCAGGAACCGCCGCACCAUUCACCCAACGUCAAAGUGUGUAUAUACUGUAUAUAACGAUGGCCGUACUGUGCAGCACUUUGCGCCUCUGGCUCUACAAGAAACCACAUUAGUGCCUUAUGAAAACAACACAUAAUGCCACGAGUUGCUCUGUUGACAGCAUCUUAACAGGUAUUAGUCUUAGAUCUCGGUGGACCCCCGAACAUAAGAAGACACUAGAGGGCACUGGCUUUAUUUCUCGAUGCUUUGCUUUGAACAUUUCUCAGGGGAUUCCUCUCUUCUGCUUAUUUGUCAUUGUUAUGUGCCAAUGAACGUCUUCAAGGGACAGUUCACCCCAGAAUCAAAAAUACAUAUUUGUAC